AUGAAAUCCGAUGUUUCUUUAAUAUUUUUGUUAAUUUUCGGUCUCUUGAUUUUUCCCGCUGAAUGUACUCUCAAAAUUGGUACAAACGUGGACAUGCAGAAGAAGAAGUUGACACUUCGGUACAGUCUUCGCCCAACACUGUUCUGGAGUUCUUCUAACUGUCCUAUACUAAGUAAUACAAUGUCAAGUUUACAAUAUUUGUAUAAAUAA